GGUCUCUGUGAGAGACGCAUCACCAGUAUUUUCCCCGGCAGCAGGACAUCUUGACUUUUGGUCUGUCUUUCAGUGUCAAGGGACAGACCUCCGAUUCGGGAUGCCUCGGAGAACUGAAGAAGAUGCUUUAUGCCAGCCACAGGAAACAGUAGAAAUUAAGUGACAGAAUGGAGUCUAUAGUAGACAGCAGUUUCAGUGGGGCUGAGAAUUCCCCAGAUGUAAUUCAAAAUAGUCCUCAUAUUGUUGAUGUGGCAGACACUCCAAAGUCCCACAAGAGUCGAGUGUUUUCCCACCGACAACCACAUCUUUACAGCAACAAAGAAACUCUUGUCACAGUAAUGGAUUCAGAUGAGGAUAAUCCAGAUGUGGGAAAAAAUGGUAAAGUCUUGGACUCACAGCUAAGGGAAGUCUACAUUGACUCAUCAGAUUCUGUAAUUAGUGCAUCAGAUGAUGAUGAUGAUGAUGAUGCAAAGCCCAUGCAUUAUCUUCCCAAAAAACCUCCAGUCUCUCAGCACACUCCAGGUGUUUCUUCUCAUUUCCUACCCAGUAGUGGUAUGAUCAGGAAUGAAGAUGGAAAAGUGGUGUCAAGUACUCCAACAUAUGAAUCCCAGGCUAAUCCUGAGAUGUGGAAUAACACCAGUCAAAUUAUCCCAACAGAUGAUAAUCUUGACAGUCCCAGGUCAUCAUUUAUCCAAAGAAAUCCAAGGAAUAUUGUAGAUGUUGGUUCAGAUUCAAGUCCUGAUAUAACAAAAGAUCACAGGGACACCUUUAGAGAUUGGAGAGAUUCUCAGAAUGUUCAGAGAACAAAGAAAAAUGCCCAAAGCCUGAUGAAAUCUGACACUGAGAGUGAUGAUGACAGUGAUGAGGAUAUUGCAGCUUUACCCAGAAGAACUAGGAAGGCUAUCAUUACUAGUGAUAGUGAAGAUGAAAAUGAUUCUCCCAUCAGGAAGGAAAGAGAUAAGGCAGCCUGUUUCUCCCCAAACACUGAGGAAGAGGAUUUUGAACUACCAGACCUCUCUGGUCGUACCAUCCAUGAUAGAGAAAAAAAUGGGACAGGGAAUCUUUCCAUGGACAGUGUGAAGGCUCUGACGAACCAAGAAAAAUAUAGUCACAAGUACAAGAUAAAGAAAAGUCCAUCUUCUACAUCUGACAGAGAGGUUUCAAGUCACAGUCUCAGUAAUCAGUCUGGAAGCCUUCUGGAGGCAUCAGGGUCUUCUGUGGGCAAUACCAGUGGACGUAAUCUUUCGUCUUUCAAUUUGGCUGACAUGACUGCUGCAGAAAUAAAGCAAAAACUACAGGAGAAAAAACGUCUUCUGCCUCGUGUGGACACAUCACUUCUGCCAGAUGGAGGAGCAAGAAUCCGAAACCAAAUACAAGAGCUGGAGGCAGCCUUGGCUAACUUAAGUGUGGAGAAUACACAGAUUGAAAGCAGUCUGAAUUCUUCUGCCAACAUUAGUGGAUCAUCUGGUAGUAGUGAUAUCUCAGCUUGCAGUACUGCAAGUAAAGAAAUAUCUACAGUGUCCCCAGAUAUUUCACAGAGAGUUAUGUCUUCAGACAUUACAUCAUUAGAAGAAAAACUGAGGAAAAAGAAGAUGGAUUACCAGUUCAGCAAUUCGAAACUCCUUCCUGAUGGAAAAGAAAAAUACUAUGCAGAGAUUCGCCAGUUAGAGAAAGAAAUUGCUAAGAAGAAAGGUGUUGGUAUGUACAGGUAUUUACCUCAAGUUCCUGAGAAUAAGCAGCUGGGUGGCUCUGAUAAACCUGCUCCACUGGUUGAAGAUUCCAAACUGGAAGAAACAAAGAAGAAAUUGCGGGAGCUCCAGCGGAUAUACCGGUCAUCAAACAUCAGGCAGCUGGAAGAUGGGGGACAAAGACUUCGACAGCGCAUUAUUGACUUGGAAAAGGAGGUGAUGCUUCUAGAAUUCAAAAAUAAUGCAAAACCCAAACCUGAGGUAAUUUUAGUUGAACCACCUCAGCCUUACAAACAGUCGCAUGUGCCAAAUCGUAAAGAGUUAAAAUUGAACACCAAUGGCUCAGAGCUGCACCCUAAGCAACAUCUCUCUCAAAAUGUCCUUGAUGCAAUGUAUGCUACUGAUAAAAAUUUUGGAAAAUACAAUUAUGGAGGAAAGGUAUCUUAUGCUCGACACAGGGAGAUGGUGAGAGUUACAACUGAUGCUGUUGAAAGUUUGCAUGAUGCUUUGCUGUCGUGUCCUGAUGUUGAAGUGACCAAAGAAGACCAACCAGCUUGCUUAAAGGUAGCUCUCAUGGACCACCAGUGUCGAGGACUGGCUUGGCUUCUUUGGAGGGAGUCACAAUUGCCUCCUGGUGGCAUACUUGCUGAUGACAUGGGCCUUGGGAAAACAUUAACAAUGAUAUCCUUGAUAUUGCGACACCAAGAACUGGUAAGUGAAGGGAUCCUUGCUGACGAUUUCUCAUCUCUUAAAGAAGAGCAAGAUAGUGGAGAAGAAGAUACAGGUGGAUGGAUCACAAAAAAAUCUGGAGGUGCAUCAAGAUUCUCCUUAGUUCCAUCCAGUGGGACAUUAGUAGUGUGUCCUGCUUCCUUGUUGGGGCAGUGGGAGGGUGAGGUUAAGCGACAUGUGCAGAGAGGCAACUUGAGGGUACUUGUGUACCACGGCAAUGCUAGAGACAGGAAUGUAAACAGUCUGGCUCAAUUUGAUGUUGUAAUCACAACCUACCAGAUAGUUGCAAGAGAAGCAUUCAAAUUUUGCGAAGAUAAGCAGUUGAAGAAAGGAAAAAAGGAUGAUGUUCCAAAGGUUAGAGCCAAGAAUCAAGGAAGGCUCUUUCAAAUUGGCUGGAAUCGGAUUAUCCUGGAUGAGGCUCAUGUCGUCCGCAACCACAAAAGUAAGACGUCCCAAGCAGUGUGUUUGCUCCGUGGAGGCAGACGGUGGGCACUGACUGGUACUCCCAUUCAAAACAAAGAGUUGGACCUCUUCUCUUUGGUGCGAUUCUUAAGGGCUACACCUUUUGAUGAAUACACUUGCUGGAAACACCAAGUGGCCAACAAUACUGCUCAGGGGAGGCAGCGAAUGAGUCUUUUGGUCAAGGUGUUGCUACUCCGGAGGACAAAAGAUCAGGUUGAUUUGCAAACAGGGAAAAAGAUUGUGGAUCUACCUAAGAAAACAGUUGUGCAUCAUGAGCUGUCUCUCACACAAGAAGAAAGAGAAGUCUAUGACCGCAUCUUUACAUACUCUAGGUCAGCUUUGGUUGAAUACAUGAAAUCAAAUGAGGAGAAAGAAAAGGAGAAGGCAGCUAAGUGGUCUGAUGCAAGUAAUCUUGCCACCAAACCUCCCAACAAGGAGGAUGAGGCCAAGUACACCCCAACUCUAGGAGGAGGAGCCCUUGUGAGUGGGAAUGUUAAGGCUCACCAUCUCUUGGUGCUGUUGCUUCGACUUCGCCAGAUAUGCUGCCAUCCAUCACUCAUUAGCCAGAUGGUAAAUGAAGAAAGUGUUGAAACAGAUGAAUUGGUAUCAGAUGAACACAGUGAGGUUGACCAAGACUUGAUAGCACACAUGUCAACCUUGAACAUCAGUGAAAAUGAGAGUGAGAAAGAGAGCACUGAUGUGCUUACCACUGCCAAUCCGGUCUUCAAGGAUACAUCCAAGAGCUCAAAGAUUAAAUGUCUUGUUGAUGAACUCAAACAACUGAGGAGUUCUGGCAGCAGAGACAAAGUCAUUGUAGUAUCCCAGUGGACUUCAAUGCUGGAGAUUGUUGGAAAGCAUCUACAGGAAGCAGAAAUUAGACACCAAUACAUAACUGGCAAAACAUUAGUUAAGGAUCGAGCAGCCAUUGUUGAAGAUUUUAAUUUAAAUCCCCGCGGACCACGGGUGAUGCUUCUGUCUUUGGCUACUGGAGGUGUUGGCCUGAACCUUGUAGGAGCCAACCAUUUGUUUAUGCUAGACAUGCACUGGAAUCCCCAAAUGGAAGCUCAGGCUUGUGAUCGCAUAUACCGAGUUGGCCAGACCAAGCCUGUCACAAUUCACAGAUUCAUCGUAGAGAAUACUGUUGAGAAAAAAAUAAUUGAGCUCCAAGAAAAGAAACUCCAGCUUGCAGAUGGAAUACUGUCUGGUGCCAAACACAAGACAAGUAAUAAACUGACCCUGGAAGAUAUGAAGACUCUUUUCAACGUGACUUAAAUUGGUGGUUUCCAUCAGCUGAGGUGCAGAAUGAAUCAAGUGACAGAUGUUCCUGCAUCAGCUGGAACAUGAAAGCAGAAUUUUUCUUAGAGUGGUACACACAAGCAUCCGCAACAAGAACCGAGGGACACAACUCAAGUUAUCAUACUGUCAUCUCAAUACAAAGGCAAACCUUACAUGUUUGAACUAUCUGAAUUAUUGGUUGCCAGUAUCCAGCUAAUAUUUUAAACUUUUAACCUCCAUUUCUCUCACUGAGAAUAUUGAAACAGAUGUGCCUUUAACUCUUAAGCAUGGCUGCCACAGCAGCUUUUUCUCUCAGGCAAACACACUAAGCAAUAAUUGUUAACUCCAGGAUUUCAUGCUUUUUCUCAUGAAUAACUGCUUUCAUUUGUGGAUGUGAUAACUUUCAUCAUGGAUUUUAAUUAUUUUUAGUUUUUAGUUACAUAUAUUGUAGUUUAAAGGUCAAAUCAUCAAAGAUACUUCUUUAUUGUAUCUAAGUUAUAAGCUUCAUCUCUUAUUCUCUUUCCUAUGAAAUUUAUUUUAAGGACCAAAUUAUAAAAAUUAUUUCUUCCUUAUUGUAUCCUGAGUUUAUUAGUUUCAUCUCUUAUUCCUUUCUUUCCUGUGAAAUUCAGUCUAUUUAAAUAAAUAUGUAAGUUCUGUUCUGUAGAUUCAAAAUUUCCAGGACCUGUAUCUCUUUGGGACUACUGUAAAGAAUCACAACCAGUCUGGACUACUAAUUUAUAUAUUACACUUCUCUAUAUGUUUUACCACGUAAGUUUUACAAAGGAUCUCAGUAUUUCUUAUUUGUCAGUAUGUCUAAUCUCAGAUGCCAUAGAGACAUAUUUCAAAUUAAUUUCUGAUCAGCAGACACUAUCCACAAGCUCUGUAGAUUACUCCUCUUACAUCCUUUCUUAGAGGGAAAUUAUGGGAAAAAAGAUGAAAGGUACUUUUGCUGGAGAUAGGAAAGGAGUUGAUCAGGGCACUUGAUGGUGGUCCUGGUGUGUUCGUGUUCUCUUCAGAGAAACAGACCAACAUAUAGGUGAAGGGCUGCACAGAGAAGCAGUACGAGUUCAUAGCUCAUUGAUCAAAUUUGUAAAUCUAGCAGUACCUUUUUAUUAAAAAUCUGUUGGAUGUAUAUAAUACAAAUUAAAUAAUCAUUGAAUUAGUGGUAACAAGGAUAGAGAAUUAGAGCAUUAGGAAGACACAUUGGGAGAGUGGAUAGGAAGGAUCAGGAUGAUGUGGUAAGGGUAAGACAGGGAACCUCCAAAAAUAAAAGCCAAUCCAUACCAGACAUUCUUGAACUUGUAUACUAAAUAUUUUCUCAUUUCUUUGAACACUGUGUUCAGAACUUGAUUCAUGUAUUUUGUCCAUCCAUACACAAAAAAAAAUGGAUAAAGACAGAAAUUUCUAAUUUAGAAGAGAUCUUGUAAAAUAAAAUGUAUAUAUGUAUAUUUACAUAUCAGUGAAUUCUUGGAAAUUUCAAAAUGCUAGACUAAGAUCAUUAUUUGGAUUAUGCCAUUGCAUUUUCACACAAGGUAAAUGAAAUUACUAAAUGAAUAAAAUAUAUAUUAUAUUGA